AUGGAUCUACUGGGGACUCAGGAGGGAGUCAUAGAUCUCCCAGGGACUCAGGAGAGAGUCAUAGAUCUCCCAGGGACUCAGGAGGGAGUCAUAGAUCUCCCAGGGACUCAGGAGGGAGUCAUACAUCUCCCAGGGACUCAGGAGGGAGUCAUACAUCUCCCAGGGACUCAGGAGGGAGUCAUACAUCUCCCAGGGACUCAGGAGGGAGUCAUACAUCUCCCAGGGACUCAGGAGGGAGUCAUACAUCUCCCAGGGACUCAGGAGGGAGUCAUACAUCUCCCAGGGACUCAGGAGGGAGUCAUACAUCUCCCAGAGACUCAGGAGGGAGUCAUACAUCUCCCAGAGACUCAGGAGGGAGUCAUAGAUCUCCCAGGGACUCAGGAGGGAGUCAUAGAUCCCCCCCAGACUCAGGAGGGAGUCAUAGAUCUCCCAGGGACUCAGGAGGGAGUCAUAGAUCUCCCGGGGACUCAGGAGAGAGUCAUAGAUCUCCCAGGGACUCAGGAGGGAGUCAUAGAUCUUCCGGGGACUCGGGAGGGAGUCAUAGAUCUCCCAGGGACUCGGGAGGGAGUCAUAGAUCUCCCAGGGACUCAGGAGGGAGUCAUAGAUCUCCCAGGGACUCUGGAGGGAGUCAUAGAUCUCCCAGGGUCUCAGGAGAGAUCAUAG